AGAAACAAACAGUCCCUAAACCUUGUUUAAUAAUUAGGGCACGAUUAUUAGCGGAAAACAACAAUGGAUAAACACCACGAGUAUUACCAUCAUUAAUUACCUUUACCUCGCGCACCUGGUUCUUUCCUAAAUCCCACCAUUCUAUAUCGAGACACGCGUCAAACACCCAGCGAACCCAUUUUACACACUCACUCGCUCUCUCUCGACUCUUCCCUCUCCUCCUCUCUCUCUCUCAACCGGCCACAUAAAAGAAAUACAUAAACAAAGGCAAACCCUAAAGAUAGAGAAGAGUUUUGAUUUUCAGGUUUCUUUUUGGAUAGAAGUGUAGAAAGCUUUCAAAAUCCCAUCUUUAAAUGGCAGAGAUACACCCACCUGAGACCCAUCUAAACAGCGGCGGCUUUGGCGGUGGAGGUGGCGGUGGAGGAAGCAGCGGAGGAGGGGGGGCAUUAACUUCAACUGAAACUGUGGGGUCAAAGAGGCAGCGGAGGCCAAGUGUCCGAUUAGGCGAGAUAGGCGGUGGAGACCAACUUUAUGAAUCCCAACACCACCGUAGAACUGCCAGCAAUAGUUGGAAACAACAACAGCAGCAGAUUUUGGGUUUUAAAGAGGCAAGUAAAUCAUCAAAGACUCGAGCUUUAACGAAUUUAAGUGAGUUUAAUGAAACUCCUGACGGGGAUAAUGAUAUUAAUUUGGAUAGUGUUGCAAUUGGGAGUUGGAGAGUUAAGCAUUCAUCGAAAAAGAGAGGGUCUUUGAAUGUUAGUGCCAAGCGAGUUAGGUCUAAUUGGGUGUCUAAAUUUGAUGAUAGUGGUGGUGGAGUUGGUAAUGGUGGUGAAGGGGAGGAGAAAUAUAGUGGUGGUGAAGAUAUAGGUGAGGAGGAGGAAGAGAUUUAUAGAGAAUUUGAUCUUGAGAAUUCAGAAAGUUUGUUGAAAGAACAAAGCCCAAUUCAUGAUUCACUUGAGAAUUUGGGAGAUGGGAAUGAGAGGGAAGUGUACUACAAUAGGAGAGUGGUUAGGGGGAGGAAUUAUCGUAAUGUUAAUCAAGAUUAUCUUCCUGAGGGGGUUGAAUUAUCAAGCCCAUCGGAUAAUGAUACGAGAGAUUAUAGGAAUAAUGGGAGGUGUGGCGAUGGCAGUGGCAGUGGAGGGGAGGAUGGAGUGAGGAUUUGGCUGAAUAGUUUAGGGUUAGGGAAAUAUGCGCCAGUUUUUGAGAUUCAUGAGGUGGAUGAUGAGGUUUUGCCAAUGUUGACAUUGGAGGAUUUGAAGGAUAUGGGAAUCAAUGCUGUUGGGUCUAGAAGGAAGAUGUUUUGUGCUAUUCAGAAGCUAGGAAAGGGGUUUUCUUGAUGUUUUUGGGUGAACUUGCAGUUCUGGUUGUUUUCUAAUGGAGAAUUUGUUUCAGCCAUGGUUAAUUAGAAGAAAUAUUAAGCCAAUUCCAAAGAUUUGGAGAAGACGUGUUAGGUAACUCAUGUUAUGGCAUUCUUGAUCAGAAGCCGUUGUAGAGAUCUCAAACUGACAGAAAAGUGGAGAAGGUCAUACCUUUGGUGCAUGCUUCUCAGCAAAUGAAGUAUUGGUCAAAUUUGUUUUAGUAAGAGCUGUGCUAGAUGGAAUCGAUUCCAAGUCAAUGCUUGCUAUAGAGCUAUUCUUGUCCUGUUGAAUAAAUAGAACGAUUUACUGAUAUUUUCCAAAACCAGUCAUUUGAUGAUAGAUGCUUGACAUUGAGAGAGGAGUUGAAUAUUGUUGUUUGCUAAUGGAGAGAAAUUGCGGGCAGCAUUACAUGUCA